AUGUCGCAUCGAAGCAUCGAAGCCCCCCCGCCGAGGGUGCUCGGCGGGCUGCGAGGGCACCACGGCGCGGCGGCGGGCCCAGCGGCCAGCCUGCCAGCCGCGCCGGAGGCGGCCCCGCCUGCGCCGGGCCCGCUGGAGCUGAUCUGCCAGCGGCCGCGGGCGCUCCUGCAGAGGCGGUUCCUGAGCUCCGAGGAGUGCCGCCGGCUGAUCGACAUGACGCUCGGCCGGCAGCGCUGCGGCAGCGUCUUCGAGAAGAAGGCUCGUUCGCCGCUGGAGGUGUCGGACCCCCGGUGGGAUCCCGAGCAGCGCGCCUUCCUGGAGCGCAUCGAGGCGCGCCUGGCCGCGAUCAUGGGCGGCCCGGUGCACGCCGACGAAGACGCCCUGGUGGGGACGCUGACGCCCCCUGGGGGCGAGGAGAGCAUCGCGGACCACCUGGGGCUGCACGUCGACACCAACGCUGCGCCCUGGCGGUUCUGCACCGCCAUCAUCUAUGCCCCGGGCGCCUGCGCGGCAGGCUCUAUAGCGGCCAGCGCCGUGAAGGGACCGCGAGCGGGGGCCGGCCCGGCGGGCCUGUCGUCCGUGCAGCGGGGCGGGGAGACCGUGUUCCCCGUGGCGCUGCGCCCGGGCGCCGCGCGCGGCGAGGAAGCCCCGGGCCUGGCCGCGGCCGCGCAGGAGCUGCUAGACCUCGGCGUCGACCACACCGACAAGGCGAAGGUCGGCCAGGGCGGGCCCGCGGCGGCGGCGGCCGCCCAGCGGCUCCUGGCCGCCGCGCGCCGCACCGAUGCAGGCGUGCGGGUCGCGCCGGAGGAGGGCACCGUGUGCGUCUUCUGGACGCGGCUGGACGACGGCGAGGUGGACUGUCACUCCUGGCACGCGGGCGCGCCGGUGCCGAAGGGGGACAACUGGAAGUGGACGCUCCAGAAGUUCAAGGAGGUGCCCAUGUCCGUGCGCUCGAGCUCGGCGGCGCUGGCGGACUUCGUGCGGGGCACGCGCCACCUCGCCACCGCUGCGGUCGCGGGCGAGGCCGCCGGGAGCCCCGACGGCUGAGGCCCCCUCCUACCCAGGGCCCGCCCCGCCGCCAUGCGCGCCCGCCGCCGGCUGUCGCUCCGAGGGGUGCAAGCACUGACGUGAUCGCGUCGUGAACAUGUCCGCGGGUCGGACCCAGACCCCCCUCCUCCUCCUCUUUCCUCCUCCCUCCCCCUCCUCCUCCUCCUCCUUCCUCCUCC